UUUAUUAUUCUUUCUAUAUCGUUCUUCACUUCUUCUCUUCCUUCUCCGACCACUUAUUCAUCUCUCUCUGAUCUUCGCGCGCUCACAACCACCGCAAUUCACAUUCACAUUCUCUUCUCUCUCUCUCUCUCUCUCUCUCUAUUUCUCCAUUCCCUUCCUUCUUCAUUUCCACUCACUUGUUUAUCUCUUUUGCAGGCUUUCUUUCGCUCUUUUUCUUCCUCCAACCAUGGACGCGGGACCAUGGAGUUCUUCCUCCAAGAUCAAGUCCCGUUCGCCCUUCCAAGAUCUCCUCCGCAGAAAAAACUCUCAAGAAAACUUGGACAGGUUCAUCCCCAAUAGGUCUGCGAUGGACUUCGAUUACGCUCACUACAUGCUGACGGAGGGUAACAAGAAGGAAAAGGAGAAGGAGAACCGCGAGGUGACGUCCCCGUCGCGAGAAGCCUACUUGAAGCAACUCGCCGAGGCUUUCAACAUGAACAGAACUCGAAGCUUGGCCUUCAAGAACAAACCCCCAACGCCGGUUGAACUCAUUCCCAACUCCAUCCUUUCGCCUCCUCCUCCUUCCAAAUCCUCUAAGCCCAGGCGCUACAUUCCUCAGAGUUCUGAGAGGACUUUGGAUGCUCCUGAUAUACUUGAUGACUUUUACUUGAACCUGUUGGACUGGGGAAGCAGAAAUGUUCUCAGUAUUGCCCUUGGAAACACCGUGUAUAUAUGGAAUGCCGCUGAUUGCUCAACGGCGGAACUUGUUACCGUGGAUGAGGAAGAUGGUCCCGUUACUAGCGUUUCCUGGGCUCCUAAUGGGCGCGUCUUAGCCAUUGGUCUGAACAAUUCUCAUGUCCAGCUCUGGGAUGCUGAUGCUUCUAUGAUGCUAAGGACACUAAGAGGUGGGCACCAAGCGAGAGUGGGUUCACUGUGUUGGAACAAUCAUAUCCUCACCACUGGAGGGAUGGACAGUAGGAUUGUUAAUAAUGAUGUUAGAGUGAGGUCUCAUAUUGUUGAAUCUUAUAGGGGGCAUCAGCAGGAGGUCUGUGGGCUCAAGUGGUCUCCCUCAGGACGACAAUUGGCGAGUGGAGGCAAUGAUAAUGUUAUUCACAUAUGGGACAGGUCUAUGGUCUCUGCAAAUUCACCGACCCAUUGGCUUCACAGGUUUGAGGAGCAUAGAGCUGCUGUGAAGGCACUAGCAUGGUGUCCCUUCCAGGCGAAUCUGCUAGCUUCUGGUGGAGGUGGGGGUGAUCACUGCAUUAAGUUCUGGAACGCCCAUACAGGGGCUUGCUUGAACUCUGUUGACACAGGCUCGCCGGGGUGCGCUUUUCUGUGGAAAAAGAAUGAGCGGGGGUUGCUUAGCUCGCAUGGGUUUACCCACAACCAGCUCUCUCUUUGGAAAUACCCUUCAAUGGUGAAGAUGGCAGAGCUCAAGGGUCAUACCUCCAGGGUGCUGUUCAUGGCUCAAAGUCCAGAUGGGUGUACUGUGGCCUCUGCAGCAGGGGAUGAGACGCUGAGAUUUUGGAAUGUUUUUGGAACGCCACAGGCUUCCAAACCAGCGCCUAAAGCUGACACUGAGCCCUUUGCUCAUGUGAACCGUAUUCGUUGAAUAUGCAUGUAGAAUUUCUGCGAGCCCGAGACUGUGAGUUGUGCAGAUAUUCUAGACAUUGUAUUAAUUUUUUUUAUUUUUUAACUUUCAAUAUUACCUUGAGCAUUUUUUUGUA